AUGGCCAAAACGAGCAGCUCUAAACCUAGUGAGUCGCUCCAGUUUGCAGUGCAAGUGGUUCAGGGAAGAUGGUUCACGGUGUUUGCAUCCUUUCUCAUCAUGGCCGGAGCCGGAGCCACUUAUCUGUUCGGAGUCUAUUCCAAGCAGAUCAAGUCCACUCUCGGCUACGACCAAUCCACCCUCAACUUGCUAGGCUUCUUCAAAGACCUUGGCGCCAACGUCGGAGUCCUCUCCGGCUUAAUAGGUGAAGUAACCCCAACUUGGUUCGUUCUCCUAGUCGGCUCCGCCAUGAACUUCACCGGAUACUUCAUGAUCUUUCUUGCAGUCACCGGUAAAAUAGCCAAACCCAAAGUCUGGCAGAUGUGCAUGUACAUUUGUAUUGGAGCCAAUUCUCAGAACUUUGCGAAUACCGGAGCUCUUGUCACUUGUGUCAAGAACUUCCCGGAAAGCAGAGGUGUUAUGCUUGGUCUGUUGAAGGGCUUUACGGGGCUUAGCGGAGCUAUGUUUAAUCAGAUUUACUUGGCUCUUUAUGGAAACGAUUCGAAAUCGUUGGUUCUACUCAUUGCAUGGCUUCCUGCUGCUCUUUCUGUAGUGUUUGUGUACACCAUUCGUCCGAUGAAAGUUGUUAGGCAACCAAAUGAGCUCAGAGUGUUUUACCAUUUCCUCUACAUCUCUAUUGCUCUUGCUUUGUUUCUAAUGGUUAUGAACAUAAUGCAGAAACAGAUUGCUUUCUCCCAAGCUGCCUAUGCCGGAAGCGUGGCUGUGGUUUGUGUUUUCCUCUUUCUCCCACUUGGGAUUGCAAUUAGAGAAGAGCUGCUCCUCUGGAACCUAAAGAAGCAACCAGUGGAUCCUCCAAUGGAGGUAGCGGUUCAGAAACCAGAAGCAAAUGAGCAACCAAAAACAGAGAAAGCAGAGAAAAUAGAGACACCCUGUUUUGCUGGGAUGUGCAACAAGCCACCAAGAGGAGAAGACUACACAAUUUUACAAGCACUCCUUAGUGUAGACAUGCUCAUUCUGUUCAUCGCAACGCUAUGCGGUCUCGGGUCAAGCUUGACGGCCGUAGACAAUUUGGGGCAAAUCGGUGAGUCCCUCGGAUACCCAACUAAGACUAUCAGCUCAUUUGUAUCAUUAGUGAGCAUAUGGAACUUCUUUGGGAGAGUCUUUUCCGGGUUUGUCUCGGAAAGCCUAUUAGUAAGGUGGAAAAUGCCGAGGCCACUAAUGAUGACUCUUGUGCUUAUGCUAUCAAGCAUUGGCCACCUCCUCAUUGCUUUUCCCGCCCCUGGUUCAGUUUAUGUGGCAUCAGUGAUCAUUGGCUUUUCUUUUGGUGCUCAAUUGCCGUUGCUUUUCGCUAUCAUUUCCGAGCUGUUUGGACUCAAAUACUACUCCACAUUGUUCAAUUGCGGACAGUUAGCGAGUCCCCUUGGGUCUUACAUUCUCAAUGUGAAGGUCACCGGGAUGCUCUAUGAUCGAGAGGCGCUGAAGGUGUUGGCAAGCAAAGGGAUGACAAGGUCUUCGGUAAAGGAGCUGAUUUGUAUUGGGAGUCAGUGUUACAGGCUGUCUUUCUCAAUUUUAGCUGCUGUCACAUUCUUCGGUGCUCUUGUUUCACUGGUUUUGGUUAUUAGGACGAGGGAAUUUUACAAGAGUGAUAUAUACAAGAAGUUUAGAGAAGAAUCAGAGGAUCUAUAG